AUGUUGCGAAGCUCCGUGUGUAGAGCUGGCACUCGGGUGCUCAAUGCCACGAAACAUGCGGCUUCGCCCAACUUUUCGACUGUCGCGUCGCGAACCUCAUCGAGGAAGCUGGCUGCUGCCCGUCGCCCCCUGGCCCUGACCAGCCAACGUCACUAUGCGAGCGCGACCGACUCGGCCCCUAACCCCAACGACAACUUCCUGUCGGGCAACACUGCUAACUACAUCGAUGAGAUGUACAUGCAAUGGAAGCAAGACCCCAAGAGUGUUCACGUCUCAUGGCAGGUCUACUUCAAGAACAUGGAGAAUGGCGACAUGCCUAUCUCCCAGGCCUUCACUCCCCCCCCUUCUCUCGUCCCUGGCGCCACUGGUGGUGUACCAGGACUGGCAGCGAAUCUAGGCGAGGGCUCUGAGAUCACCAACCACUUAAAGGUCCAGCUCCUGGUGCGCGCUUACCAGGCUCGAGGUCACCAUAAGGCCAACAUCGACCCCUUGGGCAUUCGAAACGAGUCCAAGGGUUUCGGCAACAUCAAGCCUAAGGAGCUUGCUCUUGAGCACUAUCAGUUCACCGAGAAGGAUCUUGACGCUGAAUACGAGCUGGGUCCUGGCAUUCUUCCCCGAUUCAAGAAGGAGGGUCGCGAGAAGAUGACACUUCGCGAGAUCAUUGCCGCCUGCGAAAAAAUUUACUGCGGUUCCUACGGUGUCGAGUUCAUCCACAUCCCUGACAGAGAGAAGUGUGACUGGCUGCGUGAACGUAUCGAGGUUCCCCAGCCUUUCAAGUACUCCAUUGACGAGAAGCGCCGCAUUCUCGACCGUCUUAUUUGGAGCUCCAGCUUCGAGUCUUUCCUAGCCACAAAAUACCCUAAUGACAAGCGUUUCGGUCUUGAAGGCUGCGAGACCUUGGUUCCUGGUAUGAAGGCUCUUAUCGACCGCAGCGUUGACUAUGGCGUCAAGGACAUAGUCAUUGGCAUGCCUCAUCGUGGUCGCCUCAACGUUCUCAGCAACGUCGUCAGAAAGCCUAACGAGUCCAUCUUCAGCGAGUUCGCCGGAACUGCCGGUGGUGAAGAUGAGGGAUCUGGUGACGUCAAGUACCAUCUUGGCAUGAACUUCGAGCGUCCUACGCCCUCAGGCAAGCGUGUGCAGCUCUCUUUGGUCGCCAACCCGUCUCAUCUAGAGGCCGAGGACCCUGUUGUGCUUGGAAAGACCCGUGCUAUCCAGCAUUACAACAAUGAUGAGAAGACCCACCGCACUGCCAUGGGUGUUCUCCUCCAUGGCGACGCCGCUUUUGCUGCUCAGGGCGUUGUCUACGAGUGUCUGGGAUUCCACUCUCUGCCAGCCUUCUCCACUGGCGGUACUAUUCACCUGGUCGUCAACAACCAGAUUGGCUUCACCACUGAUCCCCGCUUUGCCCGCUCUACCGCCUACUGUACCGAUAUUGCCAAGGCUAUUGAUGCCCCUGUUUUCCACGUCAACGCGGACGAUGUCGAGGCUGUGAACUUCGUAUGCCAGAUUGCCGCUGACUGGCGUGCUGAGUUCCAGCAGGACGUUAUCAUCGACCUGGUCUGCUACCGCAAGCAUGGCCACAACGAGACGGACCAGCCUUCUUUCACUCAGCCUCUCAUGUACAAGCGCAUCCAGUCCCACGAGUCGCAGAUUUCCAUUUACGUCAACAAGCUCCUAGAGGACGGCAGCUUCACCAAGGAGGACAUUGAUGAGCAUAAGCAAUGGGUCUGGGGCAUGCUUGAGGAGAGCUUUGCCAAGUCAAAGGAUUACCAGCCCACAUCCAAGGAGUGGACUACGUCCGCCUGGAACGGCUUCAAGUCCCCGAAGGAGCUUGCUACUGAGGUUCUCCCCCACCACGAGACCAGCGUUGACGGCAAGACCCUGGAGCAUAUCGGUGAGGUCAUUGGCAGCACCCCUGAGGGCUUCCACGCACACCGCAACCUGAAGCGUAUCCUUUCCAACAGAACCAAGUCUGUUGUUGAGGGCAAGAACAUCGACAUGUCCACCGCUGAAGCCUUGGCAUUCGGUUCGCUUGUCACUGAGGGUCACCAUGUCCGUGUUUCCGGCCAGGAUGUUGAGCGUGGUACUUUCUCGCAACGCCAUGCCGUUUUCCACGACCAGGAGACUGAGGAUACUCACACCCCUCUCCAGCACAUCAGCAAAGACCAGGGCAAGUUUGUUAUCUCUAACUCUUCCCUGAGUGAGUUUGGUGCUCUUGGUUUCGAAUACGGCUACUCCCUGUCUUCCCCUAACGCACUUGUCAUGUGGGAGGCCCAGUUCGGUGACUUCGCCAACAACGCUCAGUGCAUCAUCGAUCAGUUCAUUGCCUCUGGCGAGGCUAAGUGGAUGCAGAGAACUGGUCUUGUUGUCUCGCUUCCCCACGGUUACGACGGCCAAGGUCCCGAGCAUUCUUCCGGUCGCCUGGAGCGUUGGCUCCAGUUGUGCAACGAGGACCCUCGUGUCUUCCCCUCUCCCGAGAAGCUGGAGCGCCAGCACCAGGACUGCAACAUUCAGGUUGCCUACAUGACCAGCCCUGCUAACCUGUUCCACGUCCUUCGUCGACAGAUGCACCGUCAGUUCCGCAAGCCCCUCAUCAUCUUCUUCUCCAAGGCUCUCCUCCGUCACCCUCUUGCUCGUUCCAACAUUGAGGAAUUCACGGGCGACUCUCACUUCAGAUGGAUCAUUCCUGACCCUGAGCACGAGACUGGAGCUAUUAAGCCCAAGGAGGAGAUCGACCGUGUUAUUCUCUGCUCUGGACAGGUUUGGGCCACCCUGUCCAAGUACCGUGCCGACAACAAGAUUGACAAUGUCGCUUUCACCCGUCUCGAGCAACUGAACCCCUUCCCCUGGCAACAGCUGAAGGAGAACCUUGACCAAUACCCCAACGCCAAGACUAUUGUCUGGUGCCAGGAGGAGCCUCUCAACGCUGGUGCCUGGAGCUUCACGCAGCCCCGUCUUGAGACUCUGUUGAACCAGACCGAGCACCAUGACCGCAAGCACGUCAUGUAUGCUGGCCGCGGCCCUAGCGCAUCAGUCGCUGCUGGUAACAAGGGUCUGCACAACAAGGAAGAGCAGGAGUUCUUGGAGAUGGCCUUCACUGUCAAGCAGGACAAGUUGAAGGGCGAGUAA